AGCGCACACACCGCUGUCUGUGGUCCAGAGUUAGUAGUUUAUCGCUAAUCAAUCUUGUGAAAAAAAAGAGCAUAGAUCCCUAAUGAUGCCUAUACUGACAUUAGGAGAAAUUACACAUUUACUCUGAAAUUCAACCAUUGGAAGCUGGUUUAAUUUCAAUUGCUCAUGCUGUAUUAUGAUUAACUUUUCAGAGACAAAAUAAAAAAGAUCCGCAGAGACAAGGCCUGCGCAUUCGCCCAUCGCUGGGAUCGAUAAAUAUGAGUCUGUUGUUCCCUCUACUGGUCAUGCUUGUGUUGUCUCUACCCCUCAGAAUGACAGACCCGGCUGUGAAGAGGGUAGUCAGUGAGAUCGUCCGCUCUCCAGAAGACAAGCGGGUCUACAGGGGCCUGGAGUUUAAUAAUGGCCUGAAGGCCGUGCUCAUCAGUGAUCCCACCACAGACAAGUCCUCAGCAGGGCUGGACGUCAACAUAGGUUCUUUGUCAGACCCAGGGAACAUAUCAGGCAUUGCCCACUUCUGCGAACACAUGCUGUUUUUGGGCACAGAGAAGUACCCCAAGGAGAAUGAGUACAGCCAGUUUCUCAGUGAGCAUGCUGGCAGCUCCAAUGCUUUCACUAGCGGCGAGCACACCAACUACUACUUUGACGUAUCCCACGAACACCUGGAGGGUGCAUUGGACAGGUUUGCUCAGUUCUUUUUGUGCCCGUUGUUUGACGAGAGCUGUAAGGACCGUGAGGUGAAUGCUGUGGACUCUGAGCACGAGAAGAACCUGAUGAAUGAUGCCUGGAGGCUGUUCCAGCUGGAGAAGGCCACUGGCAACCCCAACCACCCAUUCAGCAAAUUUGGGACCGGUAACAAGUUGACUCUGGAGACUAGACCAUCAAAGGAUGGGAUCGACAUCCGCCAGGAGCUCCUGAAAUUCCACUCCACCUACUACUCCUCCAACCUCAUGGGACUGUGUGUGCUGGGGAGAGAGUCAUUAGAUGAGCUCACCACCAUGGUGGUCAAGUUGUUUGGAGAGGUGGAGAACAAGAAUGUACCUAUCCCAGAGUUCCCUGAGCACCCCUUCCAGGAGGAGCACCUCAAGCAAUUCUACAAAGUGGUGCCUAUCAAGGACAUUAGGAACUUGUAUGUGACGUUCCCCAUCCCAGACCUGCAGAAGUACUACAAGUCCAACCCAGGCCACUACCUGGGCCACCUGAUAGGCCACGAGGGCCCAGGGAGCCUGCUGUCUGAGCUGAAAUCCAAAGGCUGGGUGAACACACUGGUCGGCGGCCAGAAAGAGGGAGCGAAAGGCUUCAUGUUCUUCAUCAUCAAUGUGGACCUGACAGAGGAGGGACUCCUGCACGUGGAUGACAUCAUCUUCCACAUGUUCCAGUACGUCCAGAAGCUGCGCACUGAGGGGCCUCAGGAGUGGGUCUUCCAGGAGUGCAAGGACUUAAACACAGUGGCCUUCAGGUUCAAAGACAAGGAGCGGCCCCGUGGCUACACCUCCAAAGUGGCUGGAUUACUUCACUACUACCCUCUGGAGGAGAUCCUAGCAGCAGAGUACCUGCUGGAAGACUUCAGGCCAGACCUGAUAGAGAUGGUCCUGGACAAGCUGAGGCCAGAAUACGUCAGAGUCGCAGUUGUCUCAAAGUCGUUCGAAGGGCAGACGGACAAGACGGAGGAAUGGUACGGGACUCACUACAAACAGGAGCCCAUAUCUGAAGAGAUCCUCAAGAAAUGGGGAAACGCCGACUUCAAUGGCAAGUUCAAGCUACCCAUGAAGAACGAGUUCAUUCCUACCAACUUUGAUAUCUACCCUCUGGAGAAAGACUCUCCCUCCGCCCCAACUCUAAUCAAGGACACUGCUAUGAGCAAGGUGUGGUUCAAGCAGGAUGACAAGUUUUUCCUACCAAAGGCAUGCCUGAACUUUGAGUUCUUCAGCCCGUUUGCGUAUGUGGACCCCAUACAUUGUAACAUGGCCUAUUUGUACCUGGAGCUCCUCAAAGACUCCCUCAACGAGUAUGCAUAUGCAGCCGAGCUUGCAGGCUUGAACUAUGACCUCCAAAAUACCAUCUAUGGGAUGUAUCUCUCAGUGAAGGGCUACAAUGACAAGCAGCACAUCCUGCUGAAGAAGAUCAUUGAGAAGAUGGCCAACUUUGAGAUUGACGAGAAACGCUUUGACAUCAUCAAGGAAGCGUAUAUGAGGUCACUGAACAACUUCCGGGCAGAGCAACCCCAUCAGCAUGCCAUGUACUACCUGCGUCUGCUGAUGACAGAGGUGGCCUGGACCAAAGAUGAGCUCAAGGAGGCCCUGGACGAUGUCACUCUCCCCCGCCUCAAGGCCUUUAUACCUCAACUAUUGUCACGGUUACACAUUGAGACCCUUCUCCAUGGCAACAUCACCAAGGAGUCUGCUCUAGGCAUGAUGCAGAUGGUUGAGGACACGCUUAUGAAUCAAGCCCACACCAAGCCCCUCUUACCGAGCCAGUUGAUUCGCUACAGGGAGGUGCAGGUGCCAGAUGGUGGUUGGUAUGUGUACCAGCAGAGGAACGAGGUGCACAACAACUGUGGCAUAGAGAUCUACUACCAGACAGACAUGCAGACAACCCACGACAACAUGCUGCUGGAGCUCUUCUGUCAGAUCAUCUCUGAGCCCUGCUUCAACACACUGCGCACCAAGGAACAGUUGGGGUACAUAGUGUUUAGCGGUCCGCGGCGCGCUAACGGGGUCCAGGGCCUGCGCUUCAUCAUCCAGUCGGAGAAGGCUCCCCACUACCUAGAGAGCCGGGUCGAGGCUUUCCUAAAAGCCACAGAGAAGUCUGUGGAGGAAAUGAACGAUGAGGCCUUCCAGAAACACAUCCAGGCCCUGGCCAUCCGCCGCCUGGACAAGCCCAAGAAGCUGGCCGCCGAGUGUGCCAAGUACUGGGGGGAGAUCAUCUCCCAGCAGUACAACUUCGACAGAGAUAACAUUGAGGUGUCCUACCUGAAGACGUUGACUAAAGAAAACAUCAUGCAGUUCUACCGGGAUCUGUUGGCGGUGGACGCACCAAAGAGGCACAAGAUGUCUGUACACGUCCUGUCUAGGGAGAUGGACUCCUGCCCCGUCGUGGGAGAGUUCCCUGCCCAGAAUGAUGUCAAUCUGGCCCCUGCCCCAUCCCUGCCACAGCCUACGUUGGUGCAGGACAUGACAGAGUUCAAGAGGAGCCUGCCCCUCUUUCCCCUGGCCAAGCCAUUCACUCACAUCAACUUCAUGGCUGCCAAACUGUGAGGACCAAGCAGCAUGGGUGGUUGCUGGGGGACCCUUCUCUGUCCCUCUCUGCCCCCCUGUGGUAACUGGAGUCUGGAACACACUCAUCUGACGUGUGUGUAAACUGGAGAGGCCACUAGAGGUGCUUGGAAAUGCGUGUGAUUCAUACAACUUAGCUGUGGUUCUCAUCAUAGCUCAGUGUGAUAAUAGAGGUCACACACAAACUCAUUUUUGUUUUAGUCUCAUCGAAAACCCCACCAACACACAUUCCCGACAUUGUAUAGAAUGUUUGUAGAGGAAUAGUACUGACUUAAAGAACCUCAAGGCCAGAACCCUGUAAACCAGUACAAGUACCCCUUGAUACUUCAUGAUGGAAGUGUUUUUAUUCAGCUUAGCCACAAGGACAUGCUGCUGUGGUGAGAAUAAACAGUUAGUUAAUGAUUAUGGUGUUGUGAAGCUGUUGAAGUAGGUGGUUAGCUCUGCAAGGGUGCACGUUUAAUUUCAAACACGCUGGACACAUACAUUUCUCUUAUGUACUUGUGCGAUGCGUCGGCACGGUGACAACUGGCCGAAUUGUUGUCACGAAGACACUUUGUGUUUAAAUAAUGACUGUGCAACACACGAUUUUAGACCAUUUCUGUUUUAUGGCAAAAACAAUUAUAUCAGCCUUAUGGAAAUGUUUCUGUUUUAAUCCAUAAUGUACAAGUUUUGAGAUCUGACUUUCUUAUUUAAACUAGUAAAAUGUCGGGGCCCUUUGAGGAGUUGUUUUAAAACUGCUUAUUUGGUGGAGAGGCAUGUUCAUGAAACUUUUUCUUUUAAAACUAGUGUUUUCCACAGGGUUGUAUUAUCUGAGCAUCAUCUCAGGGUACCUCAAUCUUUUGCUUUCUGCUUUUAUUUGAAAUUGAAGAAAAAUAAACAUUUUAAAUGUCUGUA